UGAAGCGCCUCGCGAGAACAGUGUGCUGUCAUGCGACGUGUGCUGCUAGCCAUUUUGGUAAAUACACACUUCAACCAGGCGCCACAUAUGUGCGAAGCCCUAGUACCUGAAGGCACAACAUUAGGGCCCGUCACACCAUUGCUAAUAUAAAUCCUUCCGCACCUCGCCGACGUCAUGUCUCACUGACAAACUGCGGCGGUGUUUUACAACUUCUUCACUGCCAUUUAUACACUUCGAGUUCAGUUUGGAUCUCCAUUUCCAGUCGACGUGAGUGAUUAUUGCGGACUGGUGAGGAGACUUCGUGAUGAGGUUGAUUGUUGCUGAAAGCCAGUUGACAGUAGCCCGAGUGUAAGCCUUCGAUCACAUUGGAACGCAAUGGCAGUGACAGGCAUUGCUGCCGCUAGUGAUGCUGGUCACUGAGCUGCGUGAGUCGGAGAUACACGUUGUGGAGGUCUGAUCGACGAAGUCGUGAGUGUGCUGAGUUGAUUCAUUAUGGAGGUCCCAAUGCCGAGUGCGAAGUUGGUGGAGCAGCCUGUAUUUUCCUUGCCAGUCGAUUCUGAACAUAAGGCCAAGUCAAUUCAAAUCUUCAGCUUCGCGCAGCCACAUAUGCGAGCGUUACAUCUCUCCUGGAUAUCAUUUUUCACUUGUUUUCUGUCGACAUUUGCUGCCCCGCCGCUUAUUCCUAUCAUCCGUGACAAUCUGAACCUAACCAAAACCGACAUUGGACAAGCUUCAAUUGCUUCAGUAUCUGGUUCAAUCAUGUCUCGACUUAUGAUGGGAACCGUCUGUGAUCUAGUUGGACCAAGAUACGGCUCGGCAUUCCUAAUUAUGAUAAAUGCUCCAGCCGUUUUCUCCAUGUCGUUGGUUGAUGACGCUGAGGGCUUUCUGAUCUGUCGAUUUUUUAUCGGCUUCUCACUUGCCACAUUCGUCUCAUGCGAAUUUUGGGUGAGCAACAUGUUCACCACCAAGAUCAUGGGUACUGCUAACGGGAUUGCUGCUGGCUGGGGUAACCUCGGUGGUGGCGCUACUCAAAUUAUCAUGCCUCUGGUAUUUCAUUUAAUGCUGCACAGCUUCCAUAAUCCAGCGUUCACAGCCUGGCGCCUCUCGUUUUUCCUCCCUGGGACAGCCCAUAUUGUCGUGGGACUGUUAGUCCUAUGCCUUGGCCAAGAUCUUCCUGACGGAAACCACUCGACGCAACUCCAGAAACAAGGCGGAGAUGUCAAGGAUGGCUUCAACAAGGUACUAUACUUUGCAGUCACAAGUCCGAAAACAUGGAUUUUCUUCAUCCUUUACGGAUACAGCUUCGGUGUGGAGUUGACCGUUGAUAACAUUAUCGCUGAGUAUUUUUACGACCGCUUCGACUUGAAUCUGAACACAGCUGGCACCAUCGCAUCUGCAUUUGGCCUUAUGAACAUAGUGUCGCGUCCAGCCGGUGGUUACCUCUCUGAUUGCGUUGCUCGUCGGUUUGGAAUGCGUGGCCGUUUGUGGAUCUUGUGGACCCUUCAAUCCUUAGGAGGGCUUCUGUGCAUUGUGCUCGGCUUAAUGAGCGACCUGACUGCCGCCAUUGUGGCUAUGAUCUUCUUCUCAAUCUGCGUCCAGGCAGCCUGCGGAGCAGUCUUCGGAAUCGUGCCUUUCAUAUCCCGGAGGUCGUUGGGCGUGGUCAUCGGAUUGACUGCCUGCGGGGGAAACGUGGGCUCCGUGUUGACGCAAGCCCUCUUCUUCACGUCCUCCUCCUAUCACACCGAAACGGGGCUUAUUUACAUGGGCGUCAUGAUCCUCUGCUGCACCUUGCUGAUUAUCGCAGUGUAUUUCCCGCAGUGGGGUGGCAUGUUCUUCCCACCCUCGAAGUCCGUCUCAGAGGAGGACUACUAUGUAUCUGAAUGGACUGCGCAAGAGCAAGAGCAAGGGUUGCACUUAGCUAGCUUGAAAUUCGCCGUGAAUGCUCGCAGUGAGCGUGGCGGUUACUGCAGCUCCAGCUCUGCGGAUCCAGAAGGUGACCAUCCCACUGCCGAUGGCCUUGGCCUAUCCAUGUGGAAAUCCUACUCGCACUAGAGUGUUUCCAAACUUUAACUCAAUUUUUGAUCCUGCGUAACGAUCACACAAUCGCAAUUGCUUCAAACCUCAGAAUCUAGACAUCCGAAUUGCUCAGAUCUGUCAGGACGUCUCUAACUUCUCCGGCCUAAGGACUAACGUUCCCGGCAGGUUGUAACAUCCUCCCAUUUUUUAAUGCAGUGGUAUAUCUCCACUAGUUCUUUUCUA